UCCUCACCACUCCCAUCGUCGACCUCAUCAUGUCCAUUACCAAGAUCCACGCCCGCCAGAUCUUCGACUCUCGCGGCAACCCCACCGUCGAGGUCGACCUUCACACCGCCAAAGGCCUCUUCCGUGCCUCUGUGCCGUCUGGUGCAUCCACUGGUAUCCAUGAAGCCGUAGAGCUUCGGGACGGAGACAAGGCCAACUACGUCGGAAAGGGCGUUUCCAAGGCCGUCGCCAACGUCAACGACAUCAUCGCGCCCGAGCUUAUCAAGGCCGGCUUGAAGGUCACGUCUCAGAAGGAGAUCGACGACUUCCUCAUCAAGCUCGACGGCACCCCGAACAAGGGCAAGCUUGGUGCUAACGCCAUCCUCGGUGUCAGUAUUGCAGUUGCCUAUGCUGCUGCCGCCGAGAAGGGUGUCCCCCUCUACCAGCACCUCGCCGACCUUGCGGGUGUCAAGCCCCCCUAUGUCCUUCCUACUCCCGCAUUCAACGUCAUCAACGGUGGAUCGCACGCUGGUAACAAGCUCGCCUUCCAGGAAUUCAUGCUUCUGCCCACCGGUGCCUCUUCGUUCGCGGAGGCUAUGAAGAUUGGUACCGAGACGUACCACACCCUAAAGAAGGUUAUCAGUGCUAAGUAUGGCAUUGAUGCCGUCAACGUCGGCGACGAGGGUGGAUUCGCCCCCAACGUCUCUGGCGCGGAGGAGUCCCUUGAGCUCCUCACGGAGGCCAUCAAGAAGGCCGGUUACGAGGGUAAAAUCAAGAUUGCCCUCGACGUCGCCUCGUCCGAGUUCUAUAAGGAGGGCAAGUACGACCUGGACUUCAAGAACCCCAACUCGGACCCCUCUAAGUGGAUCUCGGGUACCGAGCUCGCCGAUUUGUACAUCAGCUACACCAAGAAGUACCCGAUCGUCUCCAUUGAGGACCCCUUCGACCAGGAUGACUGGGAGGCCUGGACCCACUUCACCAAGCAGAGCGGUAUCCAAAUUGUCGGUGACGACCUGACGGUGACCAACCCCCUCCGGAUCAAGACCGCCAUUGAGAAGAAGGCCUGCAAUGGUCUUCUGCUCAAGGUCAACCAGAUUGGUACUAUCUCCGAGUCCAUCCAAGCUGCGCAGCUUGCUCAGUCUGACGGCUGGGGUGUCAUGAUCUCCCACCGCAGCGGUGAGACCGAGAACACGCUCAUUGCUGACCUUGCUGUCGCCCUCGGCGUCGGUCAAAUCAAGACAGGUGCUCCGGCUAGGAGCGAGCGUGUGGCCAAGUACAACCAGCUCCUGCGCAUUGAGGAGGAACUGGCGGGCUCUGGCGCUACCUACGCCGGCAUCAAGGGUCUCUCCGCUGGCCUCACCCCUCCGGCUCUGCUCAAGAAGUAAAAUUGUCAUUGUAUAGCUAUCACUGGGGACGAGAGAAGGAAGCAAAAAAGCAGUGUUGUCUUUGUAUCUUCGCGGAAUAAUAGAGACUGAUGUCGUGUAUUGAAAUCUUCAUGAGCCAAUUCAAGGGCAGGUCGGAAGAAGCGUGGCCGCCAUGUGUCACCCACAACAAUACUGAAAUGAAAUUAGGUUUCAUGUACAGGUAUACACCAAAGGAAUAGGAUGCUACAUAUGUUAUAUCAGUUAACGAUCAGUACAGUAUACGUCGACAACAGUCGUGGAAUGAGAUCAAGGAGUUAGAUAAUGAUAAGGAAGGGCAGGCGUCGGAGAAAGCAAGAUCAACACAAGAUAUGUUAAGACUGGAAGUCUAGGACGGGGGCGUUAGAAUCGGCGUGAGGAGGUGGUGGAGGUGGCUGUGGUUCAAAAUGGGCGGGAAAUAUAUGCGCGAAGUGCGCUUCCGUCUGCAUCGUAUGCAUAUGUCCCUGAGUAUCAUCUGGAGCCGCCGGCAGUUCUGUCCGUAAGGAAGAGACUGCC